AUCAAUGCUGAGUGGUUAACUUGGGCAGUCAAUCACCGACCAACCUCACAAAUUGUGAAGUUUCUUGGAGUAUCUGUUCCCACAGUUGCAAAGGCCAUGAUAGAGUAUGGAAUUCGUUCCCCAAUGGAAGCACCCAUUCUGCGAACAGUCUCUCCUGAACACCCAGGAGUUGUCACAUAUAGUCAAAUUCACUCAUACACAACACCUGUCUCCCAAUGGACAGAUGAAGAACUAGAACAUGAGAUCCAGCUCCUUCGACAGCAUUUUCCAAAUUCAGGCAUCACAAUGCUUCAUGGACACUUUCGCCAGAGAGGGGAGAAUGUACCACGAGAACGGAUCCGCCAGGCUCUAAACAGAAUAUCCCCUGUCCAUCGUCCUUUUCGCCAUCCUCGUCUUAGACGCCGGAAAUAUCAGGUUCCAGGGCCUAAUUACCUGUGGCACCAUGAUGGCCAGCAUGGUAAGCAUUCCUACUUGCUUGAUUGCAAGGAUGUGCAUAAUACUAGGAUUGAACGCAUAUGGUAUGAUUGGACAACACAGGCAGGGUCAUGGUGGGUCAACUUUUUUGUACUUUUGGAAGAAAGAGGAGGCCUGGAUGUCGACCAGCCAAACCACCUUUGGCUGCUCCACAAACUCUUUCUAAAUGCCCUCAAUGCACAUAUUGGGGAAUUUGUGCAAAUGUGGAACCACCACAUUAUCUCAAUCCAAGGAGCACGAGGCAGAAGCCCUAUUGAUAUGUUUGGAUUUGAUAUGCUGGUCAGAGGGAUACGGGGGAACAUGAUAUGGGAAGAGGAUAUGGUGAGGGUGGAAUAUGAUGCCAUUGAUAGGGAAAGGCUUCAGGGUGAUGUGUUAAGCAGUGAAGAUCUGGCACAUUAUGAUGGUGAUGUUCAAGAUGAAGCCUUACAGGUCUGUGUCAUGCACAUUUGA